CCUGUGGGUGCACGCUAGGGCUCGCUGGUGGUGGCCCAGCCCAUGUGGGAGUGAGGCCCACAGAUGCCGGGCAGGAAGCCUGGCCCUCACUGUGCCCUGCCUUCCCAGGCUCCUGGCGGCUCCUCUGUAACUCUUUGCUGUCCUCAAGGAGCUGCGGAAGGACACUCCCUGGGGACAGGGAUGUGUGCCAGGGGAGCAGAGAUCCUGGUUUGGGGAGGGAGGGGCAAAGACAUACAAAGCUAGUGUCAGAAACCUGGGGGGCAGGUCCCCCAUCCUUGGCAUGCAGCCCAGUCCUGGGGCCUAGCUGCCAGGUUUUCCCUGGGCUGGCACAGGGGGCCAGCAGUUGGCCACUCAAGCUCUGAGCUGGCUGGGUACGAUGUGUCAGGGUGACAGGGGUCCCUUAGGGGCCUUGCGUGGGAGGGCUGAGGGCACUGCCAUCUCAUCUGUCCAUGGAGGGGGGUUCUGCAUGGCCACCAGCGCUGGAUGGCAUGGGCUCAGGUCACCUUCCCCUCCUCACUGAACACCAACCGGUCAGCCCGUUGUCCACAGGCCAGCCCUCCCCUGAGCCUUGUGGUGGGAGGGGUGUCUCACCUGGGGGAGGGCCAGGUGUGAGCUGCUGGUUACAUUUACUGUGGGGCCGGUGCUGCUGCCCAAGUCCACCUGCACCAAGCUGCCAGGGUGGGCGGGGCUGGCUCCGCCUGGGGCCGGGCCCAUAUUAGCCUGCACUCUGGCCUGGGGGCCGGAGGGACAGGCCUGCUCACAGGAGGCUGAAGAGGCAGUGCAGUGGCAGCGGAGCAGAAGGUGCGAGUCUUAGCAGGGUCAUGGCAGCGAGGGCGGGUGGCCACAACCAGGCUGCGAUGAACGGGCCGAAGGAAAAGGUGCUGACGCUGGACACCAUGAACGCCUGUGUCAAGAGGGUGGAGUAUGCCGUCCGUGGCCCCAUCGUGCUCCGCGCCCUGGAGCUGGAGCAGGAGCUGCGCCAGGGUGUAAAGAAGCCGUUCACUGAGGUCAUCCGCGCCAACAUCGGGGACGCACACGCCAUGGGGCAGAAGCCCAUCACCUUCCUGCGCCAGGUCCUGGCCCUCUGCGUCCACCCGGAUCUCCUGAACAGCCCGGACUUCCCCGAAGAUGCCAAGAGAAGGGCGGAGAGCAUCCUACAGGCGUGCGGGGGCCACAGCCUAGGGGCUUACAGCAACAGCUCGGGCAUCCAGCCCAUCCGAGAGCACGUGGCGCAGUACAUCCAGCGGCGCGACGGAGGCAUCCCCGCGGACCCCAACAACAUCUUCCUGUCCACGGGGGCCAGCGAUGCCAUCGUGGUAGGCGGGGCCAGCCCGGGCUCCCGUGACGCCGUCGCCUGGCAGGUGUACCAGGACAACGUGUACGCAGAGGGCUCGCAGUUCCACUCGUUCAAGAAGGUGCUCAUGGAGAUGGGGCCGCCGUACUCGACGCAGCAGGAGCUCGCCUCCUUCCACUCCAUCUCCAAGGGCUACAUGGGCGAGUGCGUGCGGGCCAGACCCUGGGCGGGGCCGAUGACCAUCCUGCCCGCGGCGGAGAAACUGCGUUCCCUUUUGGAAAAGCUGAGCCAGUUCCACGCCAAGUUCACCCGCGAGUACUCCUGA